AUGGUUGCCGUCCACCGAUUCAGUACAUUGGUCGGAAGUCCAAAAAUAUGUCGCCAUACAGAAGAUCGGAAAUUUGCUGCCGAGAAUUAUUUAAAUAAGGUAAAUAAAGGUAAAAAAACAUACGAUGAUCAUAUGAAAACUUCGUCUGUUGUGUAUCAAGUUGGAGAUUGUGUUGGUGUGCGAAUUGAUAAAGUUGAUAGAACCAAUACAGAUGCAAAAAUCCUACCAUGUAUCAUAUUGUCUAAAUUUAUGAAAAAUAAUUCAAGUAGCUUCCAAUUAGCUUGUGAAUUCGGAAAAGUCAGUUCGUCAUUUGAUAUUGAGAGUCUUAUCGAUUUGCGAACUGCAAUCGCUCGAUGA